CUGCGAGAGAUUGCAUUGCAGACUUGCAGUUGUCAAUCACGUUCAAGGUUCAAGUCGUUCUACUCCUCCUUCGCACUUCACAGUCUUCGUUUCUCAAUGGUCAAUAGUUUGCAAAUGAUGUCUUUGUCGAGAGAAAGGCGUCUAGGCGAAUACAUCCGCCCACCUUCCAGGACGGUCGCCUCUGCCUUCUUUGAUGCUUCUUUAAAGGAACAAGCCAAGUCUUUUUCUGCUUUGACGGCUCCUCAAUAGUACAACAUCUUCAAUCUGGGAUCGCCCUCUUCGGCUGCACUUGUACAGGUCAAUCACGCAGAACCAGGUUGAUCCCUUUGUGCAAAUUCGCGAUUUUGGGUGUAUUUCACUUCAAUUCUCUGUUUUCGUAUCUGGGUUCGAGAGAGAUUGCAUUUGAGUGGAUUUUUGGAGCUAUUGCUAUAUGGGUUCGCUUCCUCUGUCGAUUUGGUCAACUGGGUAUCUAAGAAUUCUAUGGAAUCUCUAGUGGUGGGUUUCACAUGGUUUCACAAUCUGAAGCCUUGUAUUUGACUUCACUGUAGUGGAUUCUGGACUUCAAACUCUCCUGCCAUCUGGGUUGUAUCGGUUAUUUAAACGGGUGUCGAGAAUUUUGGUUGAAUUUUGUGAGGUACUUCGCUUUUAUUGCGUUUUGUUUGGCUGGAACCUGGAAGCCUGGUAAAUAUGGAGAUGAUUCCCUAUAUUCAUUAGUAGUAAAAACAAUGGAUUUUGGGGGCGUUAGUUCUUUGAAAAUGGCUUUAGUUGGAUUGACUCUCUUGGUGUUAAUACAGUUGCCGGAAAGCUUUGUCUAUGGUUCAGUGAUUCAGUUAAAGGGCUGUGGAGUUCAUCGACUUGCCCAUGCAAUAUCUUCGGAUGAAGAGUUGUUUUACAUAAACGGGAACAAGGUAGACAAAGUUACUUUCUGUAAUUCCCUUGAAUUCCACGUAAAUGGAUGUUCCCGUCAGUCGGGUUUGGAAGAAUGGCAAGGACUUGGAAGGAAAUACUGUGGUUUGGAGUUGGAGCUGUACAGAGUGAGGUUGCCACAGAGGGUGGGGAGAAAAAAUCGGCGUGUGUUGGAAACAAAAGAAGGUACUUUACAUAAGCUGGAUGAGAAGUUUCAUGCAGGAGAAAAUAAUACUGAUCACAAUUCUUGGUUAACCCCAAAGACCCUGGCCAUGGCUGUGCCAGGAAUGCUUCUUCUCUGUUGCGUUGUACUUUGUCCUUGUCUCCAUUCAAGAAGGAAAGAAGCCGAGAGUGCUUUUGUUGCCAAGGACCCAAGUACAAGAGGUUCAGUUACAAUGGAGGUAAUUUCUGCUUCUGAGAAGAUCCCACCCAGUCCACAUAGAGUGCCACCUAGUCCUCGCUUCCCAAUGUCACCACCAAGAUUUAGUAGAGUUGGAUCUGUACAUCUCAACAUGAGUCAGAUUAUCAAAGCUACCAACAAUUUCUCACAGUCACUUCAGAUAGGUGAAGGAGGUUUUGCAACUGUUUACCAGGCCCAGUUGCAAGAUGGGCAAGUUGUUGCCAUCAAGAGAGCAAAAAGGGGACAGCGUGAGAACCUACGGACUGAAUUCAGCAGUGAAGUAGAACUACUAGCCAAAAUUGAACAUCGGAAUCUAGUGAGGCUACUUGGUUAUGUUGAUAAGGGAAAUGAGUGUGUUAUCAUUACAGAGUAUGUUCCGAAUGGUACUCUUAGGGAGCAUCUGGAUGGUCGGCGGGGGAAAAUCUUGGAUUUCAAUCAGCGGCUGGAAAUUUCCAUUGAUGUAGCCCAUGCCCUGACUUAUCUCCAUCUAUAUGCAGAGAAGCAAAUAAUCCACCGAGAUGUGAAAUCCUCCAACAUUCUGCUGACCGAGAGCUACAGAGCCAAAGUAGCUGAUUUUGGCUUUGCAAGACUUGGUCCAAAUGAAGCUGAUCGAACACAUAUAUCAACCAAGGUUAAAGGGACUGCUGGUUACCUUGAUCCUGAAUACCUGAAGACCUACCAACUCACCUCCAAGAGUGAUGUGUAUUCUUUUGGUGUUCUUCUUGUGGAAAUUUUUACUGGCCGUCGCCCAGUGGAGCCAAAGAGAGCUGCUCCAAAGGAGAAGAUUACAAUCAGAUGGGCCUUCCAGAAGUUUAAUGAUGGAGAUUUGGUGGCAUUGGCGGAUCCUUUAAUGGAGGAAGUAGUAAGUGCAGAAGUACUCACAAAAAUGUUUGAAUUGGCGUUCCAGUGCGCUGCACCUACACGGGCUGAUCGGCCAGACAUGAAAGAUGUUGGGAAGAAACUAUGGGGAAUAAGGAUGGACUAUCUUAGAAGUGUCAACAAAACAUAAUACACAACUUGAGGAUGGAAUUUUAUGGUCAUGAGUCUUCAGUUUGCAGCAUUUCAGAAAAACAUAGUUGUCUUUUGGCCUCCCGGUAUUCCAUUCUUUGUUCUAAUUAUUGUGGAUGUUCUAUAUUUUACUAGCCAACUUGGCAACACCAGGUUUCUGAUGUCGUUCUGUUACCUGAUUUAGUGAAAGGUAAAAAGGAGUGAUAGCUACAAAAUAUAGCUUCUUGUGUCCUCUGACUGUUUGAUCACAAACUGGUCUAUUGAAAAUUAUUGCAAGCUAGAUCACUUACAUGAA